AUGGCAGGACUUGGCGACUCUGCCUACGAUGAUUAUUGCGCAUCUGAAGAAGGAAAUGAGUGCGAGGAUGAGCACAAGGAGUUUAAAUCAAAGAACCUUGAGGCAGAAAGGAAGCGGCGGCGGAAACUCAGUGAUAGGCUGCUCGAGCUACGCUCACUAGUCCCAAACAUCACCAAUAUGAACAAGGCUACGAUAAUAACUGAUGCAAUAGAUUACAUCGAGGAGCUACAGAAUACGGUGAGAGAUCUUAGUGACCAACUUUGUCAGAUGGACAUAACUCUUAAAGAGGACUUGGAAAGCCAAAAUAAAUACGUUACUGAUCCUGCAAAAGAAAUGAAGAACUGGGGAAUUGAGACAGAAGUUAAGGUUACUCGCCUUAAUGGAGCCAAGCUCUGGAUUCAAGUAGUUUUCCAGAAGAAAAUUGGAGGAUUUACUAAAUUGAUGGAGGCCAUUAGUGUCAUUGGAUAUGAUCCCAAAGAUGUUAGUGUUACUACGGUCAAAGGAGCACUUUGUGUUACUUCUUGUGUCGAGUUUCUCUGCCUCAUGCUUGGGAUGAACCUCUCAAUGGAUUGUAGACCUUUAAUGGAUGCCAACAAACUGGUACUGCGAAAAGAAAGGAUUGCAGGACUUAGAGACUCUGCGACAGACUUGGACGCACAUGAGAUGGUUUCAGCCACAGAGCUGCAGCGCACAUUUAUCUUUGUACUCCACGACCGCAGCAUGAAUUUUAUGGCUGCACAUUUAUCUUUGGUCAAUGCGGUUGCUUAUGGUUUCCCUGAUUUCAUGACCAAGAAGGAGCAAUUGACUGGAGAUUGUGUCAACUGCAUAGAGGACAUGACAUUUGCCCUUUUACCUGCACUUCCUGAGCAUUUUUUGGGGAGAAAGAAAACCACAUAG